UUGGGGCGCACAUUAGGAGUGCGUAAAACGGCCGUUGGAAGGCCUAAGAAAUAAAACUUGUGCUUUGAGUUUAUUUUUCCGACUGUGGAAGUUUUUUUUUUUUUUGAGAGAGAGAGAGAGAGAGAGAGAGAGAGAGAGAGAAAGAGAGAGAGCGUGGGGAGACAAGCUCUUCUGGAUCUUUUUCUUUUUUUCCCCCCUUUCUUUUUUUUUCCUGAAUGGGCCGCACCGGGAAGGGAAGCUGCUCCUUGUCCGGGGGAAGCUGUCUGACUGGCGGCGUGGACAUGCUCAGGUCGGACGCAGAGUGAACCGAGACGCCUCCAAGCAAUCGAGUCGAUUUUUUUUUUUUUUUUUUUUGCAACGUCGCCCCGCAAAAGUUUUUGUGUUUGGUUAUUUUCUACUCGUCACUCCUCGGAGAAAAGAAGAUGGAGGUGAGCAGCUUCCAGCCUCACCCCGGACUUCAGCAAACUCUCAAGCAGUUCCAUCUGAGCUCCAUGCGCUCGCUCAGCGGACCGGCGGCGUUCUCCGCCCGCUGGCCCCACCACGACUCCCUGUUCAAGGACGCCAAAGCCGAGGUGGUGCUGACCCUGCCGGCCCACACCCCGCCGGUCAUGUCCGGCCCGCUCUUCAUCCCGUCCGACCGCUCCACGGAGCGCUGCGAGACGCUUCUGGAGCGCGAGCCCAUCUCGUGCUUCGUGGUGGGCGGCGAGAAGCGCCUGUGCCUGCCGCAGAUUCUCAACAGCGUGCUGCGGGACUUCUCCCUGCAGCAGAUCAACUCGGUGUGCGACGAUUUGCACAUUUACUGCUCGCGCUGCACGGCCGACCAGCUGGAGAUCCUCAAGGUGGUGGGCAUCCUGCCCUUCUCGGCGCCCUCCUGCGGCCUCAUCACGCAGACGGACGCCGAGCGCCUGUGCAACGCGCUCAUCUACGGCGGCUCGUACCCUCCGCCUCGCCGCGGCGGCGUCGGCAAGGAGCGCGGCGCGGCGCUGGAGCUGGAGCGCACCGAGGCUAGCUUCCGGGUGUACCACGAGUGCUUCGGCCGAUGCAAGGGCUUGUUCGUGCCGGAGCUCUACUCGGGCCCCGGCGCAGCCUGCGUGCAGUGCCUGGAUUGCAGGCUCAUGUUUCCGCCGCGCAAGUUCGUGGUGCACAGCCACAAGCGGCUGGAGAACCGGACGGUGCACUGGGGCUUCGACUCGGCCAACUGGAGGGCCUACGUGCUCCUGGACCCGGACUACAGCGGCAAAGAGGAGAAGGCGAGCCUGGAGCAGCUGCUCAGGGACUUAAAGGGCAAAUAUGACUUGAGCGCUAAGAUGGCCGUGAAGUCGUGCAGAUCGCUGAGCCCCGUCGCAGCCAAGCGGCCGAAACUGGAAAAAUUGCAAUCUCCGUCAGCUGACAGCGAACGCAAAGCCGAGUGGCUGCAGUCGCUGUCCAAGUCCACGCACAAGGACCUGAAACAAGUCCAGCUCAAGCAGAGGCCUUCGGCGUUCCGGCCUUGGUCUCCAAAAGCGUCCGAGAAGGAGAAAUCGGCAGUUCAGAGUGAGCACGAGAGGUCCAAUUUUAAGAGUCAGGAGACUUUGGCACAAGCUCCCGCGGGCCCUCUGGUGCAUCCUGACAACAGCCACGCUCAUGGCAGGGGGCUUUCAACCAUCCAACAAGAGGUGCCCAAUGGCGACACGCAAGCUGCAGCACCCCACCCCGGCGAUAUGGACACGGAUGGGGAGAUCGACGUGGAUGACUGCGAUGAUCGUGCGUUGCUGCCCUCCUCCCUCGCUUCACCCCCCUCAGCCUGCAACGGUGGCCCUCAGACGCUGACCCCCCAGACCGCAAGUGCCUCUCCCCCCCGUGAGGCUUCAACCUGGCUCUCAGGGCCUGCCUGCCCCGAGAUGGACGCCCUGAGACAGACGCUCUAUACCGGUGUGGACACCAAAGAGACUCGAGAGAAACUCCUGCAGGAGGUGGUCAAGAUGCGGCUGAAGCAAGAGGAGAAGCUGGCGGCCGCCAUACAGGCUAAACGCAACCUUCAGCAGGAGUUGGAGUUCGUGAGAGUGGCGAAGAAAGGCCGCCUACGUGAGGCCGUGGAGGCCAAGAGGAACCUGCGGAAAGAGAUCGAGCGCCUCCGAGUGGACUGGGAGAGGAAGACGAGGGAGGCGGAGGAGGCGUGCGGCCGACUCAAGCGAGAACUGGAACACGAGAGGCAGCAGCGGGGCUGCGACAAAGGAUGCGAGGCCGAGAGACUCCGCGUCAAGUACGCCGCCCAGAUCGACGAGCUGCACUCUCAGCUCCGGCAGGCCGAGGCGGACCGCGAGCAGCUGCGACGGGAGCUGCAGCAGGAACAGGAGGCCCGGCAGAGCCUGGAGACCGCGGUCCGAGACCUGCAGUCCCAGCUGGCGGCGCAGGAUACGACGCCGUGCACUGCUCCGUCCUAAAAUGGAGAUCCCGCCCCCCCAAAAAAGAACAAUUGAAAGAGUACUUUUAUGGAUGUAUGAUGAAUGCAAAGGAUGAGGUUUUUAGGAAAAGAAAACUGGAUGAGAGCGCAUGAUGUCCAGGACUCCAUCGGUGACUGUUUUUUGCUAUAAGCUAAUUUGGAGAGAGGCCACAUCACACUUACUUGAAUAUGAAGGGAAUAGUCACACAGUCAACAUUGGUGCCACAAAAAGUAUUGGUACACUCCAAGGUGUCGCUGCAGACCACUGGACCCAAGGGACACCCGUUUACCACUAUUCGCUUUUAAUAUCAGCUUGCUUUUAUAUAUAUAUAUAUACUGUAGAGGAUGUACUUUUAAAGAUAGCCUAUAUUGCUUGUUUAUUUCAUAGGCGAGAAAAGCAGCCAUAUACCGACGUGUACGCAUUUAAAGCCGAAGUAUUGGACGCUUUUUAUAUUAUAUAUAUAUAUAUAUAUAUAUAUAUAUAAUAUAACUCAGCUUAAUAUGUUCUUGUACAUUCUUAUUUUUAAAAAAAAAAUAUGCUCUCAUAUCAGCAAUUAAUGCUCUCCUAAAAGGCACACACACACGCAAAAUGAGAAUUUUUUUUUUUUUUUUUCGUUUUCUUUGGAAUGCGGUACCUCUGUUUUUUGUAUUUAGUACUGUAAUUAUGUUUCUAUGGCUCAUUUGAAAGCAUUUGUUUUUAGGGCUCUUAAAUCAACAAAUGGCGUUUAUAUGAACAGCAUUUCUACGUAUAUAAAAAAAUGCAAAAUGAGCAUAUAUUUUUUUACUUCAGGAAAAACAAAAAAAAAAGAAACAAGGAAUUGCACUUUUUGAACAACGUUGCGCCCGCCUGUUACAUGAUUUAGACAAAUUCAAAUGAAACACUCAUUCACUCAGUAUGCUCUGAUGUAAAUACAACAAUAUUGUAAAUAAGAUUUUGUCGCUUGCUCCUGGAUUUUUUUUUUUUUUGUUGUGCUCUUACUUGAAACCAAAAAGAGACUAUAUUUGGAUUUUGAAAACAGCUUAGUAUCACACAAACAGGGCAUUUAACAGACUUUGGACGAAACCCAUCAAAAUACGUUACCUUUGAUUGUUUAUUUGAGAUAGAGUAUUAUGAAAGAUAUAUAUUGACGCUACUGACCAAAAAUCUGAAACAAUUAAAAUGUCUGUACUUGCCACUCGGAUUUAGAGUAGAAAUCAGGCCUAGUUUAGACGAGAAACACGUGUAUGUCUUACCAACUUCAUCAUCAUGUUACCCUGGCUCAGUAUUUGUUGGGUACAGUGUUAUAUAGCACUCGCAGUUUUCUUACUGUAGCUCUUGUGGUUUUGGUUUGGAUAUAGGCUUAAUUCACUUGUUUUCUUCUUUGUUUUUACCCCCCUUCAGAAAAUGUGUAUAAUACCAAUUAAAAAUCUAAGUCAAAGAGAAAGUGCUCUCGAGAGUUGUUUUGUCAUCUGUGAAUGCUGAUGUACAAUGCAGUCAACCCGUAAAGGCAUUUUUGAACUGCAAUUAAGCUAUC